AUGCUGUUCGCGCUGGACGCGGCCGCGGUGCUGGCGCCCCCCGGCGUGCGCCUCGGAGCGCUCGUGCUCGACGACUGCGACAGCGACACGCGCGGCCUCGAGAUGGCGCUCGACUUCAUCAAAGGUUCGAUCGGUAACAUUGACGACGAGGAAUAUGCAUGUAAUGCUUCAGCCGUUCGUAAAGUUAUCUCAGGAGUGGUGGGCGCCGCAUCUAGCGUUACCUCUGUUCAAGUCGCAAACCUGCUGCGUCUUUUCAAAAUACCACAAGUAUCUUUCUUUUCAACGUCCCCCGAAUUAUCCAAUAAGGCCCGAUUCGAAUAUUUUACACGCACCAUUCCUUCAGACAUGCACCAAGCCUUCGAGGAACUAGAAACGAUGUUGGCAAGAAAUGACAUCUGCAUAGCUGUGAAGGAGCGGUUAGUAAAAGAUUCCGGUGCAGCGGAUGAUAAUGCAUACGAUGCUAUGGUAGAACACCUGCUGACGCGGCCUCGAGCGAGAGGUGUUAUCGUGUUCGGAUCUGACCAAGAGGUUGCAGGCGUGAUGGCUGCAGUACAACGACGUGGAGCUAGUGGUGCCUUCAGUUGGGUGGGUUCGGACGGCUGGAGCGCACGAGCACUCGUCGCCGCCGGCAACGAGCCCGUGGUUGAAGGCACGAUUAGCGUGCAGCCGCAAGCCAACCCCGUUAGAGGCUUUCGUGAAUAUUUUCUUAACCUUACUGUGGAAAAAAACACCAGAAAUCCCUGGUUUGUUGAAUUUUGGGAGGAACAGUUCAGGUGCCGUUACCCCGGUAGUCCACGUACUCCAUUCAAUGGAAAUUAUACGCGUAUUUGUACUGGGGAAGAACGCCUCUCGGCUAAUAACACUGAAUUCGAAGGACAAUUACAAUUUGUUGCUGACGCUGUGUUUGCUUUUGUGCAUGCUAUAAGAGAUAUGCACAGAGAUUUGUGUGGAGAUAAAUUUGGGCUUUGUCAGGAAAUGCGGCCAAUAAGUGGUCCAUUAUUAUUGCGGUAUUUAAGACAAGUACGUUUCAUAGGGUUGAGCGGUGAUGAGUUUCACUUUGAUAGCAACGGUGACGGUCCUGCUAGAUACAAUAUAUUACAUUUCAAGCAAGUUUCCCUUGGGAACUACCGCUGGUUAAAUGUUGGAAGAUAUCUUGACGGCGAGUUAGAGUUGGACAUGGGGGCCAUCCAGUUUAAAUGGGGGGAGCGGCGCCCUCCCGAAUCCGUGUGCAGCGCCGAGUGUGAGCUGGGCCAGGCGAAGCAGUACGUCGAGGGCGAGAGCUGCUGCUGGCACUGCUUCAAUUGCACACAGUAUGAGGUACUCACAUUUAAAUUGAAUAGAACAAUUAUUAUUUAA